AUCCCCCCGCUCCCAUCACCCCGUCACCCCAUGCUAUGCAGCGUGCUCGACCAUCCGCUCUCGCGACCAAACGUAGGUACAUCGUCACCCAUCGCUAGCCGUGGCCAGGGCCGGGACUGGCGAUCAGGGACUGGCGACGGGGGGUGGAUGCUGGGCUCGGGAUUCGCCGUUCGCUCGGAGUUGUGCAUGGCAUCGUAUGGAUAUGGGCGACGAGGGAUCGAUCGUGUAGGUAAGUGGUCGGUCAUAUCGCCAGUGGCAGCAAGCCUACAGCGACGAGGGUCGGCGCCAGACAGGAAGACAGGAUUACGGCGUUGGGAGCAUCGGCAGCGACGGCAAGUCUUCACAUUCUGCAACGUGCUUGGCGCUGGCGACCAUUUACCUCUACGCAUAGUUAUAUACUAUUAUACACUCUAUAUAUAUACCUACAAGUAUAUAUAUAUAUGUUAUUGGCUGGUUUGACAAACUUCUCUUUGUUUACUCAUGAGCAGCAACAAGCCGUCAUUUCUAGUACGAACCAGCGUAGGAAAUCCCAGCCUGCCUUGCUUACUCUCUCAUUCUUGACUUACACUCGGCUCGACCCCGCAAGUCAAUCCAUUUCCAAGAAACUCUUCCCAAACCUACUCCAAAAUGCAGCUAGGGAGCGGGAGCGGCAGUGUUGCCGCCUGGAAUCUCCUAGCGGCCUAUCUCUCCUUGAGCGGCCCGGCCUUCGCUCUUCCCGUCGAGGACAGCCCGCGCCAGUAUCUCCUCGCCGGGCUCAACCUCCCGGCCAAAUACAGCGCCAACGCCAAGUCUCCCUACACUCCCGACUAUAGGGAUCCGUACGACCGAGCUGUAGAUGCCGUCGGCGACAAGCUGGAUCCGCUCCCCUACCGGAACGGAUGGGGCGCCUCUGUUCUCGGCCCCUGGAACCGUGAACGGUCUCGCCAGAGCCCAGAUCUGGUGCGCCCGCCAAGCACGGAUCACGGCAAUAUGAACAACAUGCGCUGGAGCUUCGCCGAUUCUCACGUCCGCAUAGAGGAAGGGGGCUGGACGCGCCAGACCACGGUUCGCGAGCUGGGCACCAGCGUCGAGCUGGCCGCCGUCAACAUGCGUCUCGACCAGGGCGUCAUUCGCGAGCUGCACUGGCAUAAGGAAGCCGAGUGGGCCUUCAUCCUGGAUGGCGAGGUUCGGGUCACGGCACUCGACUACGAGGGUGGGAAUUUCAUCGAUGAUCUCAAAAAGGGCGACCUCUGGUACUUCCCGAGCGGCGUGCCGCAUUCCCUCCAGGGGCUCGGCAAGAACGGCACCGAAUUUCUCCUCAUCUUCGACGACGGCAACUUUUCCGAGGAGUCGACCUUUAUUCUGUCCGACUGGCUAGCGCACACGCCGAGGUCGGUGAUCGCCAAGAACUUCAACCUCGCGCCCGAGGUGUUCGCCCACAUCCCCGAGAAGGAGAGGUACAUAUUCCAGGGAUCCCUGCCGGGCUCCGUCGACGAUGAGAAGCCGACGGGCAAGGGCGUCAAGAAGUCCAAGUACAACUUCGUCCACCGCAUGCUCGACCAAGAGCCUCAUCUGACCAGCGGCGGGGAGGUCCGCAUCGCCGACUCCAAGAACUUCCCCAUCUCCAAGACGGUGGCCGCGGCGCACGUCCUCAUCCAGCCCGGCGCGCUGCGCGAGAUGCAUUGGCACCCCAACGCCGACGAGUGGUCCUUCUUCAUCCGCGGGCGCGCGCGCGUCACUAUCUUCGCCUCCGAGGGCACCGCUCGGACCUUCGACUACGUGCCCGGCGACGUGGCCAUCAUCCCUAGGAACAUGGGCCACUUCAUCGAGAACAUCGGCGACGAGCCAAUCGAGAUGCUCGAGGUCUUCCGCUCCGACGAGUUCAAGGACUUCUCGCUGUUCCAGUGGCUCGGCGAGACACCCAAGAAGAUGGUGGUCGACCACCUCUUCCAGGACGACCCCGCCAACGGCGAGAUCUUCUGGAACCGGGUCAAGAGCGCCGAGAAGGACGAAGUUACCCUGCCCCGUCUAAGGUCAGGCCAAGAGGACGCCAAGCAGGGAGAGUUGUGAGAGUAUACGAUACGGGAGGGGGGGGCGCUCGGGUAAUAAUAACUCUCUCUCCCUUCUACCGUAAACAGGACUAUUGCAUGAGGUUACAUCCGUACUGCUUUCGGUGGCAUCACAAGUUGAAUUUGAAUACUGGUUAUUAUUCCCGACGAGCUUAUACAAAAUAGUGGUUUCUACAAUAUUAAGAAAGUCCUUUGGUAAAAAUGUAUCGUUCACGUCAAAUCAUAAUAUUAUCCGUAUAUUAACAUUUAUCUCUCCA